AUUUGAUAUGACAAAUUAACUUUAAAAGGGAAAAAGUCUCAAGGAAAAAAAACAUUCAGGAGCAAGUAAUGCAUGAUUUUCUCUCGUGUGCAGAAGAGAUGGCAAAAUUGUUCAUAUACUACAUGUUAAGUACAUUGCUAUUACAUAUAGAUUUGUGCCUUUUUUUGUGUUUAAGGAGAUUUAAAUGAGACAUAACGAGCUAUGAAAAAAACUAACUCUGAUCAAUGCUAUUUCCCCACGGGAGCUGCUAAGACGUACCAUUACAGCCUAAUGUAGAAUUAUCGUGCUUAGUGCAGGCAAACCCAGCUGUGGAAACACAAAUGUCCGGGGGAUAACAGUAAUUCAUAUUUAUGUACGGCAGAAGUUCGAUUCGAUUUUACAUUUGUGUCUGUACAAAAAAGCCCACACCACAAACAGAAAGGAGAUUAAAAAAUGGAUUUUGUUUAUUUCCAGUAAGACUGAACUGGGUUUAACGUCGGAUGCGUUUCUGUUUCAUUUCGCGCAUUAAGUUAAUUCAAUUCUCCGGGCCCCGAGAACCGCUAUCAAAGCGUGAAACAUGAAAAAUGAGAAAGACGGCUAAAUUAGUUAACCAAAGCCUCUAACAUCUAGCAGAAAUGUUUUGCUUUUUCGAUCAGACGCCGCAAUUAAAAAACGAAUGAAACGCCCUUGACCGAAUGGUUCGGGGGAACCUAAUUUCAAAUUCGAACCUUUACAAGUUCGUAAUUUGCUGUGAAAGAUUUAAAAGGUUAUUCGCAUCUUCGAAACGAAACACAAUUAAACCGCAAUUACAGAAUGACUGACAGCUACUUAACAGGAUGGACAAUAAUAAUAAUAAUAAGGGAGACAAAAUAAGAUGCUGGGCAACAUUGGUUCACCCAGAAAUGAAUAUUCUGUCAUUGACUGCUCAUCCUCGUCUUCAUCGAGGCCGCUGACCAUCUUGGGAACACAAAUGAAGAUAUCUCUGAUGACCCCUGAGCUCUCUGACCCCAGACGGCAAGGAUCCUGAAGAAUCAGAAAAUGUUCAAGCGUGCGAAGACGGACGGUUUAGACGGAAAGUGAGGGAGAGAAGAUAACCACUCAAAGUAAGAGUUUUCAGUAUCAUACAAUAGUAGUAAUUGGUGGUUCAAAUGCUUUAAAGGGUUUCUAAAUAAUAGUUCGAGUUAAUUCAACCGAGUCAAUCAGGCUAAUGUUAAUGAAUCCCUUUGUGAGAGGCAAAAAAAAGUGUGCAGGAUGUCUAUCACGGAUCUAUCUGAUUAUAUGUGCACAGGGAUUAUUGUUUACAAGAGGACGGAGAGGCUGUUUGAGACGCAUCUCUCUGCACGUGUGUGUUGAUGUGUAGUUCUUUGACGCCAUGCCCGCGUCACGAUGACGCCGAGCUCUACCUUUGCCUUCGCUCUCAUCCCCCAGUCCGAUCCUUCAGACUCCAGGCACAGAGCCGUGACACAACUUGAGAGGAGUCAGACAGGACGGGACCAUUCAUAAAACCACAUCAAGAGCGCACCCGCACAGCAAGCUAGACUCCCCUCUGACUCACCGCGCGCGUUUAUCCUUUGCGGCUUUUCACUUAUGUCCCGCAAAUCCAGCGAUGACUACAAUCUGCGUAGUAUGAGCAACCUGAUGGGCGAGAGGAGGAAGCGAGCGUCGGACGACGGAGAGCGGAGUCUCAUCAAGGUUCCGUCCAGCGCCAGCCUCAGCAGCGCCGGUCCCUCAGCGGCGACCCCGGGCGCGGCGGACCUGGAGCGCGCGGCGCGCAAACAGUUCCAGCAGGAUGUCACGCCGGGUUUCGUCUACGUCCUGGCCGUGUUCUCCGCUAUAGGGGGCUUUCUGUUCGGCUAUGAUACCGGGGUGGUGUCCGGAGCGAUGCUUUUGCUCAAGAGGGACAUGAAUGUGACUGCCCUGUGGCAGGAGCUGCUGGUGUCCGGGACCGUUGCCGCGGCGGCGGUGUCCGCGCUGCUCGGCGGGUAUCUCAACGGGCUGUUCGGGCGGAGGGUGUGCAUCCUUAUGGCCAGCUUCACCUUCGCCAUCGGGGCGAUAGUGUUGGGAUCUGCUCCUAAUAAGGAGGCUCUCCUGGUUGGGCGGCUCGUAGUGGGACUUGGGCUGGGUAUAGCAUCCAUGACUGUUCCUGUAUACAUUGCUGAAACCUCACCGCCCCACCUGAGAGGACGCCUGGUCACCAUCAACACCCUGUUCAUCACGGCAGGCCAAUUCAUAGCCAGCGUUAUUGAUGGGGCCUUCAGCUACAUGCAGCAUGAAGGCUGGAGAUAUAUGCUGGGUCUGUCGGUGGUCCCUGCAUUGUUGCAGUUCUUAGGGUUCCUUUUCCUACCUGAAAGUCCUCGCUGGCUCAUCCAAAAAGGUCUUACCCAGAAGGCCCGGCGUGUGCUCAGCCAAAUCCGUGGCAACCAGAACAUUGACGAGGAGUAUGAUACUAUCAAAAGCAGCAUUGAAGAGGAGGAAAAAGACUGUGGAGGAGAGGGCCCGGUGAUCUGGCGCAUGUUGACCUACCCUCCGGCGCGCCGCGCUCUCAUCGUGGGUUGUGGACUCCAGAUGUUCCAGCAGCUUUCUGGAAUCAACACAGUCAUGUACUACAGCGCCACCAUUUUGCAGAUGUCUGGAGUUCGUGAUGACAAGUUGGCCAUCUGGCUAGUGACUGUAACAGCAUUCACAAAUUUCCUGUUUACUCUGCUGGGCGUUUGGUUGGUUGAAAGGGUGGGCAGACGCAGACUUACGCUGGGAAGCAUCUUUGGUACUGUUUUGAGUCUGUGCAUCCUAUCUGUUGGCUUCCUCCUGUCAGCCCAGCAUUCUCCCCCUGUUACGCUACAUCUGACGGACCCCGCGACACCCAACUCCAGCUGCACAACACAUCUGUCAUGCGAGCCCUGUAUGUUAGACCCUAGCUGUGGUUACUGUUAUCAGGAAAACAGCACUGCUGUGUUUGCCUCCUCCUGUGUGCCCGUCAAUCCGGCCUCCACUGAGAGAGCAGCGUGGGGCAAGUGUUCCAACUCCACACGUGUGCCAGAUAGUGGUAUAUGGGCUUAUAAUUUUUGCCCAACAUCUUAUUCAUGGGUUGUGCUCCUGGGACUGGUGUUCUAUCUCGCAUUUUUUGCCCCGGGAAUGGGACCAAUGCCAUGGACAGUUAAUUCUGAAAUCUACCCUCUUUGGGCCAGAAGCACAGGCAAUGCUUGUUCGGCUGGAGUAAACUGGACCUUUAAUGUGCUGGUGUCUCUAACGUUCCUCCAUAUGGCCCAGUACCUGACUUACUACGGUGUGUUUUUCCUGUAUUCCAGUUUAGCCCUAACUGGUUUCUUCUGCAUUUAUGGCUGCCUGCCCGAGACUAAAGGAAGGCGGCUGGAAGAAAUCGAGUCCUUGUUUGAAAACCGGCUCUGCUCAUGCGGGAUCUCGGAUUCUGAUGAGGAUCGGCAAGUGGAAUACAUCCGGGUUAAAGGGUCAAACUACCACCUAUCAGACAACGACGCGUCGGAUGUCGAAUAACUCGUGCGAAACCUCUGGGUUGGUUAAACGUGGAUGAAAAUGUAUCGAUUGAGCGGCGUUCAACCCUGACGUCAGAUCCGCCCACCGUAUCGGACAGGUUGAGCCUCUCUUCAUCGCGACGGAAAGAACAGGGUUGUAGAGCACACACAAACAAACACGCAGUGCCAAGUCAGCUUUUAUAAUAUAUCGUCAGUAUGUUUUUGCGUCACAGUACAUGCAGAUCUACUGGCUCGUUUCUCCACUGUCAGAUGAAUAUCCUCUGCUUAUUUAUGUAAAAUGAGAUGUUAGCUGUAAGUUCAAUAAUAUAUAUAUGCAGAAGGAUAUUUUUGGUUUCUUAAUGUAAUGUCUAAGUGCGAACUCAAUGCAAAUUUUAUAUUUGACACUUACAAAGAAAUAUAUAUACAAGCUACACUAUCGGUCAAAAGUUUGGACGCGCCUACUCAUCGUUUAGUAGUAUUUUUCACAGAAUCAUUAAUGGAAUUAUGCAGAUCAAAAAUAUCCAACGAAUCAAUUUUUCUUUAUAUUUCAAAUUGCAACCCAUUGCCAAUAUUAGUUUUGCACGCUUUUGCCAUGUGUCUAAUUUUUGUCUACAAAUAAUCCCCACCAAGUGAUUGAAGUGUAGUAACUCCUGAAAUAUGAACAAUAAUCAAACACAAGCGAAUAAAUAGCAUUUUCACGUCCCUCUCGCCUGCUCGGUAAAAUCUCCAAGGCUUUGAAAACGUGUAGCAAAUCCCAUUGCUUGUUUGUAAUGUACAAUCACUGUCUAGUUUUUGAAGUACAGUAGUUUAUUUUGUAAUUUGACCCUUCAUGUUUGUAGGAUUAAAGAUUAUCGACACGAAACGUCAUAUGUAGCUUUCUGCGUUUCCCUGUGAUAGUGUAGUGUGGCCUUAAAAAUACUUCACAAUUUUUACUUUUGACGGUUUACAUCAUUAUUGUUGUUUUUAAGACUAAUUCAUUUUAAAGUUUUGGUCACACUUUAUUUCAAGGUCCGAUUUUCGCUACGAACCAACGAUUAUCUGCAGCUUUUGUCGAAUACUCCUAAUUUGCUGCUUUUUAAUAGUAAGGUAGUCAUUAGGUAUUAUAUGCACAAUAUGGUCAUGUAUAAUAUGUGCUUUAUAAGUACUAAAUAAACAGACGAUAUGUUAAUAAUAGGCAUGCUAAUAAGCGACUAGUUGACAGUGAGAACCGUUCCUUUACUAAACUGUUACCAAAAUCUUUAAUAUUUGCUUUUUAAACGUAAUUUAAAUGUUUACACGUUUUUUUUCAUCGUCAUUUUGAUUUGUCUUCCUUAUAGCCUAGUGUACAAACGUCACCGCAUUGGUCUUGUCCAUGAAACAGUGUGGGAUAACCGUUUUGACAAGUACAUUGUAUUAUCCGAUAUUCUGUUGUGCUGCUUUGUAAGUAUACGAAUAGAGAAAUACACGUCAAGGUGCGCCAAGCCUUGAAAGUCUCUAUGUUGUGGUUGUAGCUUUAUCGAAACCAUGAUGGCUCUUGUGAAAACAACCAAUAACGUUGACUCAAGUUCCCGUUUAAAGGGUUUCACUCUGUCCAGUGAUAAUCGUGCACAUCAUGUCUCGUGUAUUGUGCGUUUCGUUUAGAUACAUGAUUACGCGUAAUUUGAUAUUCCAUCGGAUAAAAUUUAAUUUGGUUGAGAGAAGCACAAAUUAAAUUGGCGUGGUGUUCGGCAAUAUAUCAGUUUAGACUUUAAUAGGAAUGGUUCACCCACAGACGGAAACGGACCUUGGUCCUCGUUUACCCACGAUCAGUUGGUUCCAAAACGUAUUUUUAAAACGUAAAAGGAGAGGUUGUGAAGAAUGCUCAAGCUGCCCUUUUAUAUGUAAUAAAAGCGUGCGGUAACCAGGGGAAAGACGAUCUCCAAAAAAAGAGAUAGUUGAUGAACCAUUCCUUUAAGCCACCAAUUGAAUCUAUAACGUAAAACACAUUGCUUCAGCUAGAGUCCGAAUAAAGGCAUUACUCAAGAAAACGAGCUUCGGUCGACAUGUAUGAUAUAAUUUCGAAGUUUUAUUGAGCAGUUUCAUGUGUAUCAGAUGUGUUUGACUUUUAGAUUGUACUUGGGACGUGCUCCAACGCGGACGGCCAUUUGUGUUAUUACCAACGAACACAUCCGUUUUUAAAUGUAUGGGUGUAUUUAUUUUGUUUGUUUGUUUUUGUAUGUGAAACAAAAAGCGGCGUUUAUACCGUAGAUGGACACUAGUGAGGACAAAUGUUGUGUUGUACAGUAUUUGACUACCGUUGCUGUAAAUGUUUUGCUAGAUUUAUAUUCUACGAAAACUUGAAUAUGUACUUGGAGAUAAUAAUAAAGAUAUAUAACGUA